UAAAUUCCCACAAACUUUCCUAAACUAGCCGUUACUCUUUCUCCCUCUUCAACACACUCUAUUCUGUAAUCAGCAAAAAAUCCCCAGCAAUUCCUUCCGGAGAAAAACAAGAUCAUCAAUUUGAUCUCCUAAAAACAAAAUCAAUUCCAAAAGAAGCUGAUUAAUCAGAUCAAAAUCAAUGGUGAUUAGUUCUUCAAACAGAUCCCCAUCCCCAAUUUCAAUGAAAUCAAACCCUAACCCUAACCCUAAUCCCAAUUCAAGAAAUGAUCAAGAACGAGAAGGGGGUGGUGUUAGGAAGAGUUUGAGUGCUUACCCAUUUGCUAAAUCAUCCAGUGUUUCUCAACCCAGAAGUCCUGCAGAGUAUGCAAGAAGAAGUUCAUUUGGUAGAGAAUGUGGGAAUACAUUUGGAGACAAUCAUCAUGAGAAAGAGAAUGAAAGAGAUCCGAAUUCAAAGCCCGUUGCACGAGCUCGAUCCCCUUCUGUUGGAAAGGUGGCCAAGGGUUUCAUGGCACCAACAAUCUCAGCCGCCUCGAAGAUCAACCCAUCACCAAGGAAGAAGGUCUUAGGUGAACGAAACGAAGCCAUUCGUACUUCUGCUUCACUCUCUGAAGGAAAAUUCCAUUUCUACUCCAUGAAUUCAGUGGAGUUUGCUGAUGAAAAUGAGUCAAAAACAGACAUGGAAUUUGAGAACAAAGUUGCUUGCUCUAUGAUUUCAGAUUUCAACAAGGUGGGAAAUGAGGUAUCCAUAUCCAAUACAGAAUUUGAGAACAAAGUUGCUGAAUUGAGUCCUGGAGUAGUGGGAAAGAUUGAAUCAGAACAUGAUUUAGUGGUACUUAGCCCUUUGAUUACCACUACAAAAUCUUCUGAAACUUUAGACAUCAUCCCUAAUAUUGUUGUUGCUGAAAGCAAUGUGAGUUUGGAUAUCAAGAAGAAUAUUUCUUCUUCUUCACCAUAUGAUCCCAAAACCAAUUUCCUUUCCCCUAGACCUCAAUUCCUGCACUACAAACCUAAUCCUAGAAUUGAAAGCUAUAUUCAUAAUCAAGGUUUGAGGUUAGAAGAUGACUUUGGAUCGGAUUCGGUUUCUGAGACUGAUAAUAGUGAAGAAGUACAGUCAGAAACUUCUUCUUCUGUUGGGACAUCUCCUGUUGAAGAUCAUCAGUCUUUAUCUUCGGAAUCGAGCUCCCCCCAAAGGGAGGAGCUUGAACAGGUUGUUGAGUCCAAAAUUGAGCCGAAACGUCCAUUUAAUGGGAAGUGGAAGACUGUCACUUUCUUCUUCCUUUACCUGCUUGGCUUCUUAUCCUUUUCAAUGUAUUCUCAUGGAGUUGGAAAUGCUAUAAACCAAGAAAAAAUAAUUUCUGAGAUUUAUAGCCAUUCUCGUGUAGCGGCUGAUCUUGCCAAAGCAAAUUUCAAUGGUUUGUUCAUAAAUGCCAAGGUGUUGUCUUCUCAAUCAGUUGGUUAUUUGUCCCAGAUGAUUUUUAAGCCAAGAGAAGUUCAGUUUAGUCCAUUGCCAUUCAGUAACUUAACUGGUUGGCAAGAAGAGGAAGUUGAGGAUUAUUUGGUGAAAGGGUUUGAGUUUAGGCCUUGGUUGGGCAGAAAGGAUGAUGUGAUGCCAGAAAAAGUUGCUGAAAUUGAAAUUUCUGGUGAUGAAAAUGAAUUGAAGAUGCUGGUAGAAAAUCUUGAACAAAGUUCUACCGAUCUUCCUCUCACUGACCAAGUGAUAGUGGAGAAUGAAUCUGAAGAAGUAGAAGAAAGUUCUGUGAUGGAGGAUUCUGUAUUUGUGGAUGAGAAUGCCAUCGUCGAAGUGACAGAAGAAGAAGUAUCAUUGUCAGAUGAAUCAGAAAAACAAGAAGGAAGUUCUAUUCUCGAGGAUUCUGUGACCGAGGAUGAGAAUUCUGCCAUCAAAAUGAUUGAAGAAGCAUCAUUUUUAGAUGAACAAGAAAAACUAGGAGGAAGUUCUUCUAUUCUCGAGGAUUCUGUGAUCGAGGAUGAUAAUUCUGCCAUUGAAAUGAUUGAAGAAGCAUCAUCAUUGUUUGAUGAACCUGAAAAUCAGGAAUCAGAACACAACAACCAUGAAGAAUAUGAUACAACUUCUGCUGUUCAGAAUCAACCAUCUUCAUUCUUACCAGAGGUUCCUGAAGUCCACUCACAAAUUAUGACAGAAAAUAUGCCAUUAACUGAUACUGUAUUACAAUCUGAGGUUAAAUCAGCUUCAGAAAGUUUGGUUCUUGAAAGAAUUUCUCAAUUUUUGGAUGCAAGUGAAAGAAGUUUGCCUUUUAGUACAGCAGCAAUCACCCUGGUUACUGUAUCCCUAUUGGCUGCAACAGCCUUUAUAUUCUCUAAGAAGCCAAAGAAAGACACCACUUCAGUUGUGGUCUCAACACCAUCAUCACCUGAUUUUGUCAUGCAGAAGGAAAACCCAAUGGGUUCCAAGGUGGGUUCCAAGGCCCGAGAGAACCCAUCUACUUGGGCCGGUCCAGUUGAGGUUGACAUGAUUGGUGAGUCAUGCCCAUCAGAGCUGAGCAGCUUCCAAAAGACCUCAUCUUAUUAUAAGAUGAGGGAACAAAGGAACAGUGAUGAAGCUCAAAGCAUUGAAAAGAGUUCUUCAAAGAGGAACAAAAGAGAGUCACUUGCUUCUUCAUCAUCAGAAUACACCAUGAGUGCAUCUUAUGGAAGUUUCACCACUUACAGUAUAGUACACUCUAAGCAACGAGAUGAUGAAAUGGUGACUCCCGUUAGAAGGUCAAGCAGAAUCAGGAGCAAGGUCACUUCUCCAUGACAAAGUUGCAAGUGCUGAAGUAUUGCUGCUUAUUAUCUAGAGUUUAGUUUAGUUUCUGACUAGUUUUUUUUUUUUUUUUCCAAUUGUUUUUUCCUGAUUUUUAUAGGGUGCCACUUUCUAGUUACUUUCUGACUUGGGUUGUAAUGUUUACUACUAGUAAUUAGCUCAAGCAGUGGCAUAUUGUAGGAUGAUAACUUGCCCAUUUCUUUGUUCUGUUAUGGCAAACUUGGUUUGCUGUUGCCCUCAACCAGAAUUGUUGAAGCUAUCUAUCUGAUUGUAUUUUUUAUCAAUUAAGCUGGUUUCUGUUCUCUCA